AAUGCAUCCCACAUUUGUUCUUGUUUGGUUGGCAUCAAUUUCCUGCUUUUGGUUCAUUCUGAAUUUGCAAUCUGACAUGGUCACCUAUAAUCCUUGGACUUGGGAGUUUCUAGAGGGCAGAAACCCAAAGUCCAAACCUCCAUGUGGUGUACAAUGUGUCUGAUCAUCUGAUUCCUCUGGAGUUUGAAUUUUGUCUCUCUCCUGUGCACAAAGCUUGCUCCAGCCUAAAUGAUCAGUUUACCAUACUCCCAUUGGUGCUGCGCCAUCCUCCAUGGGUCCUCAAACACAGAUCUCAUUCCGUCUCCCCUUUAGAGCAUUAGAGCACUUGACAUAUUAUCCCACAGGGCACUCACAGAUCUUUCCAACAUGAAUCUUUUUUGCCUUUCUGUCUCAUGUCCCACCAGCCCUUUCUUCCUUUCUCCCCAACCCAAGCACAAGUAACUAACUACCUCUCUGGGAGAACUGGGCGCCUUACUAACAUGAGCCUUUGUGUGUUCUGGUUGAACCACCAAAGAAAUGUAUUAUCUGCCAGGUUAUAUACGCACCGAGAGCAUGGCUAGUGUUUUGUUCAUCCUAGGAUCUCUAUUUGUCUUAGUUAGAGUUUUACUGCUGUGAACAGACACCAUGACCAAGGCAACUCUUAUAAGAACAACAUUUAAUUGGGACUGGCUUACAGGUUCAGAGGUUCAGGCCAUUAUCGUCAAACCAAGAGUAUGGCAGCAUCCAGGCAGGCAUGGUGCAGGCAGAGCUGAGAGUUCUACAUCUUCAUCUGAAGGCAGCUAGUGGAAGACUGGUUUCCAGGCAACUAAGAUGAGAGUUGUAAAGCUCAAGCCCACAGAGACACACCUACUCCAACAAGGCCACACCUACUUCAACAAGACCCCAGCUUCUAAUAGUGCCACUCCCUGGGCCAAGCAUAUACAAACCAUCACACUAGUCUAAGAUCAGACCUGGCAAGGAAUGGAUUUCCAUGUCUGCUGGUCAGAGUCUGCUUCCCUGUGUGUGUGGAAGUACCCUCGGAGACAGAAGCGGUGCAGGGUAAUCCCAUGAAGCUGAGGUGCAUCUCCUGCAUGAAGAGGGAGGAGGUGGAGGCCACCACUGUGGUGGAGUGGUUCUACAGGCCUGAGGGCGGUAAAGAUUUCCUUAUAUAUGAGUAUCGGAAUGGCCACCAGGAAGUGGAGAGCCCCUUCCAAGGCCGUCUGCAGUGGAAUGGGAGCAAAGACCUGCAGGACGUAUCCAUCACUGUACUCAAUGUCACUUUGAAUGACUCUGGCCUCUACACAUGCAAUGUGUCCAGGGAGUUCGAAUUCGAGGCACACAGGCCUUUUGUGAAGACCACGAGACUGAUACCUUUGCGAGUCACUGAAGAGGCGGGAGAAGACUUCACCUCCGUGGUCUCGGAAAUCAUGAUGUACAUCCUCCUGGUCUUCCUCACCUUGUGGCUGUUUAUUGAGAUGAUCUAUUGCUACAGAAAGGUCUCUAAGGCCGAAGAGGCAGCACAGGAAAAUGCGUCUGACUACCUUGCUAUCCCUUCAGAGAACAAGGAGAACUCUGUGGUACCUGUGGAGGAAUAAUGUGGUGUGACUUGAGGUGAUGUACAGGCAUCUGGGAGGGUAAGGUGGAUGUGGAUGGCAUGUCAUACAAAUGUUGUUUGCCAUCUACAAUAGAAGUGACUUUCUAUUUGGUCUCUUCUGCAUAGCCAUCCUGUCCUUUGGGUACUUUAAGUUAUUGGUCAAAUCAUGAUGCCCUCCAUUAUGUCAAACCCUUCAGAAGCUGAAUUACUUUGGCCUAGAUAUUGAGCAACCCAAUUCACUUGCUCAUGAUAACAAAGGCAAAAUAAUUCUCUCAUUCCCCUCUUUAGUGUAUGUGUAUUUGGGAAUGGUUGCGCUGGACAUUCUCAGUGAGUUCUUCUAUUGUUGGUAGGUGAUCUGAGUGCUGAGGGACUGGAUAUCCCCAGUUCAGUGAUGCCAGCAAUAUCAGGAAGUGCCCCAGGUGUCCCAACACAUCCAUCUUUUCUAUUCAUCAACCACCAACCCAAUGUGAGAUUUUCACCUGACUUCCGAACUCUAUCAGAACUCUACACAUCUUUACCUUGCCUGAACCGAAGAGCCAACAUCUAUCUCUACACGGACUAAACCUCACUCUGUUCUUGCUUCCAACCAAGUAACUCCCAACUUAACUAGAGUUGUUCCCUAUGUUCCAAAUGAUUUAGACAAGUACUGGAGAGUAGUAUUACCUCUGCCCUGACUGUCUGUGACUGGGUCAUUCUCCACUGCAGCAAAAGGAUGGAUAUAAAUCGGAAGAAAGCCCUGACUAGUUUGUCUUAAAGCCAAAGCGUGCCACGUACGUACUUUGAUUCAUUGAAGUCAGUUUUUCCUGCUUCUCAGAGCGCCAGAAAGCAGCAUGCCCCUAAUGCUUGCAGGGACAUCAUCUGUGUGCACUGGAACGCUUUCUGGAGCUCAGUGUUUGGAGGCUGUAUCCCCAUAAUCCUGAAGACCUGGAGCAAACCCAGAACUUCCAGGAAGUCCCAAGGAAGGAUCCAGGACAGUUUCAGUAGGUCUCGAAAAUGAUAUAACACACUCCUGAUAUUGGAAACAUGGAUGAGUGACCUUUCUGGAUUGAAACUCCUCAGUUCUUCAUGUCUCAGUGUCUGUGGAUCAGUAUUAGUCCUCGUUUUACAGGAGGAAACUGAGACUCACACAAGGCUGAACAGGACAUUUAGGGGAUUAAACUGGGCCAGAGAUGACUUUCCUGCCACCAACCUCACACUCCCUGGGAUGAGAGGUAUUUUUGAGGACUCUAACAUUCAGCAUGCCAUUUGCCCAGCGGAAGCUGACUGCCACAGAUCUGAGGAACUGGAAACCAGGUAAGAAAACACAGACGGCAUGAGAUAGACUUCAGGAUUUCACACAAAGAUUUGUGAAUCUGAAGCAUCCUCCAGGAGAGACGGCACCCGAGGGCAAUAUCUCUGUGAUGAAAAAUGGUUUUAGUCUGAAAUGGACAGUCAACAGAGAGACAAAGAUGGGCGUGUAGCUUCUAAAUACCUCACCUGUAGAUGUCACGUUUGGGUACUGGUGUUUGUAAAGUCCCCCACCUCUACCCUCAUCCCCACCCAAGAGAACAGGGAACCAGUGACAAGAUGCUUAGUCAAUAUCUCUUUUUAAUGACUGUUCUAAAUGCAAUAUUCUUUAGCCCCUCCAGAUAGCAAGGGCAGAAGGCCUUAUGAUGUAUAAAAAGGUAAAAGUGAGACUCCAUAGGAGAAAUGUCCUCACCUCUGGGGAGAUCUGUAAGAAAGAACAUUCUCCACCCCUACCUGGCUUUGUAUGAAAAGCUCACCUUUCACUCCCAACAUUUCCUUCUUGGUGGAUGCCAGACAUGCGCUUUGGGAACCCCAUCCCACCCUACCUUUAUCUAGCUUGUUUAUACAUGGUGGCUUAUCUGGAAUCACAAUCGCAUUUCCUUAUAGGAGAUCAUGACUAUAACCUACAAGGCACGGCACUCACCAGCCAAUUAAAAUCUUUGCCAUCUCCAUUUCUUCCCAUAAUUCCACUUAGAAUCCUGGACUAGACAUGUGUGACUCUGGAGCCUUUCCUGGUGUGCUAUGGCUUACUAAAGGGCUUAGAAGAGUUCUCAAGGGCUAUAAUCAUCCAGAAACCCCAUUGUUUGUCUUGGUGCUGGGUAUUUGCCCGGACUGAUUCUCAAUAAUUUACUGAAGGUCAAACUAAGCUGAGUCUAGUUUUCCCCUUAUCCCUGCCUAACAGCUGUGAACUUGGUUACUCAGUUGGUCCUGAGAGCAUCUUGCCCUGUUGGCUUGGACGGUCAGCCAGGGGUUGUUACCGAGCCCCAAUCCCUAAGCGCUUGCUAUCUCAGGCUUUACUUUCAAUCUGUUUACACAUUAUUCUUUGGUUUCUCCACCCUCGGUCAACCGCACACCCCAGCUAUCUUUUGAGUUUCUGGGUUUGCUCUAGACAUCGAAAUAGAAUUGCAAGUAGAAAGGGAACUUUCCAGAGCAAGAUUAUGCUGAGAACGACAGGGGUGAGGUUAAAAGGCGUUAGGGCUAAGGUGAUAGCCCAGUGGGUAAAAUGCUUGCCACCCAAGCGUGAGAGUCUCAGUGUGAUCUCCAGAAUCCAUGUGAACAGACAGACAUUGUGGCACACAUUGGUCAUCCCAGAGCUGGGGAGGCAGAGACAGGAAGAUCUGAGCCUCACUAACCAGGCCACCUGGCCUAACUUACUUACUUGGCAAGCUCCAGGAGAGUGAGACGCUGUCUCAAAAAAAAAAAAAACACAAAUAAAAAAACCAACAAAGGUGGAUAGUGCCUGAGGAAUGACACCCGAGGUUGACUUCUGGCCUCCACAUAUACAUGUGCACAAGUUAAGGCCCAUAUUUAUAUUUACAUAAAGAUGCACGUGAGCAAUACACACACAUACACACACACCGAGAGAGAGAGAGAGAGAGAGAGAGAGAGAGAGAGAGAGAGAGAGAGAGAGAGAGAGAGAGAGAGAGAAAGCUUCCUCUCACUUGUUUUAUAAACGAAAAAGCCCUGGUUCUGUGACUUCACCCAGUCACUGCAAAUGUAUGUGACCAGGACCUUGGAGUGCCUGCUUAUCAUUCUGACCAUCCAAUCCCAUUGACUCAACGCUCUCUGUGUCAAGUACUAGGUUAGACUCUAGCUAGACCCCUUGGUCUUAGGCCUGUAGAAAUGUGCACAGGCCCAUGGUUCCAAUAAAGUCUCUCUGUUCGUGUCAAUAAAGUAUCUCUGAAGACCA